AUGCCACUCCUCAACACCUUCACCACAACCCUCACAAACAGAACAGCCGACAGACUGACCGAAUCUCCCCUCAACACCAAACCCAAACCCAGCCCCUCUAACAACAAUAGCAAAAAUAAAAAACCCAGCUCUCCCAAUAACCAUUCUUCUCCCUCAGAAUCCGGAGGACACAAGAAAGCGAGGUUGGGAGAGAAGAUUAUCGCCACAGCUGCGAAACAUGUCGCUGUGGAGCUGCUAGGUGGGGGGAAGAGGAAGGAGAAGAAGGACGAAACUUCCACUCAUCACCGCGCGGGUGGGUCGUCUGGUGGUGGUGGCCAUGGCUAUGGUUAUGGGAGAAGUCAUGGAGAUCAUGGAGACCAUGGAGGAGAUACAGCACCUGCAGGACAUGAAACUAGAACUUACGAUGCAACAAGACCUCAUGCAAAAGGAGGUGACUCAAACGGCUCUUACUACGGGUAUGUGAACCACACUCCUCACAGUAACAGUAACAGUCAUACCACCAAAACUCCUGAAUAUGGAACAAAAGAAACAAAAAGAGAAGGUGGAAACGAGGUGGGUCGAUUCCGGGCGACGAAGGUCGUCAUGUAUAGCAAUGGGAAGAGGGAGAAGGAUAAUGAUAAGAGUAUAACUGGACGGGGUCAUUUUGGCAGGGAGGAUGGAAGACAUGGAGGACACUAUCUUCACCAGACGGAAGAAAUAAGCAGUGAUGAAGAAGACGAAGCUGAUUACGAAGGUGAAGGCUGGUUUGAUUGA